CUGAAUAACAUUGAGGGCUUGGCGGGCCUCGUGGCAUGCAUUAUACCCUUCAUCUGAGCACAUCUUCGAAUGUUCGGCCAGUGACUGCAAUGAUCCUCCCCCCCAUCGUGUGACUAUGCGUGCAGCCGACUUGUGAAACACUCACACUGGACCUGGCCUAUAUGCGUGGUCGUAAAGGAGAAGUUGAAUGUUUGUGUUUGUUCCCUUGGACUCGUGCGAAGUCGAACUCCCGAAGCUUGAGGGAAUGGACCAGAACAGGACAUCCGGUCGCGCCGGCUAGCGGGGAUAAAAUAGAGAUGGGCAUGAACAUGCCGGUUCAUGAACCGCCCAGCCACCGCAGACCGCCGUUUAGCCACUACUUCAAUUAUAAUUCCUUCUGCUUCGCCUCUUCAGAGUUCAGACACAUGUUAGACACCCCUCUGAUAAUAGACUGGUCAACAGAUGUGGAUGUGACACAGACAGGGAAGGUUAUGGAUGUCCAGGCUAUGCAGUUGGGCUGGAGCGAUGCAAAUGUUGCAGAGCAUACAACAGACACCGGUGGAGUGAAUACUAUGCUCACUUCAAACACUCUCGCGGGUUCCAGCCAAAGGCACGGAACCAGCUCAUUUGUCGUCUCAUGUUUCAUGUUUGCAAGUCAAGUCAUCCUGGUUGCUGCCAUCUUGGUGUCAUCUCAUCCCUGAAAACUCUACUGCGGCAAAAUUUGACCGACACUACCCAUCGCAUGCUUGUUGCCCCGAAUGCAUGCAUGUCCAGUUUAUCUUUCGAGCCAGUGCUGAUUUGGUCUACUCAUAUCAGCCCUAUAACUGUUAUGGCAACCUCGACAGUGAAGAUGACGAUGAUACGGAUGAUGAG